AUGGGUUCUUCUAGUGAAACCGGAGGAGGGGCAUGGAGCAUGACGGAAGAUAUUAGCUUGUGUGAGGCUUGGCUCCAAGAAUUUUGUGAAAGGGUAAUUGGUUCGACCCGUACGGAUCAGGCAUUAUCUAGUAGGUGGAAAAUUCUUAAUAAAGAGUUGGGAAAAUGGAGAGAUGCCUUGACAAAAGCGAUGAACAACCAUAGAAGCGGGGAAAACCUUAGCAGUGAGAUUAUGCAAGCACAAAUGUUUUUUGGUGCUACUGGGCAAGGGAAAAAAAGUUUCAACCAUACCCUAUGUUGGGAGGUGGUGAAGAAUUGUAAGAGAUUCCAAAUUAUUCUAACGGGUCCAACAAUAGUGUUGAAUGAGAUGCCACUCCAUGAGACACCGACAUCGGAUUCACCUAUGGAUUCCCCGAUGAGUCAAAACUCACCUAUGGAAAAAGAGCCGAGGCCUAUUGGGAGGAAGGCGGCGAAGGCGAAGAGAGGGAGUAAUUCUACCAAGAAUACAUCUAAAUAUUUGGAGGAGCUUUUACUACUACAAAAAAGGAAAAACACGACGGGAAUUCACCGUCGUGUAUUCUGUUUUCAAAUGGUCGUGGAAUCCACCGACAUCUUUUCCAUAACCAAACCACGAUGGUGA